AUGCAGGCUGGGACAGCUGCGGUUUCAUCUGCUGGCUCCCCGUUUGAUACCAACGGUGCCACCCUGCUCCAACAGCCGCCUCAGCGUCAGCAACACCAACAACGCCGACUAAGCCACCGCAGCACCUCGCUUUCAUCCGGCAGCGUUGUGACCAUUGGACGAUCCCAUUCGCGUGUUCGAUCCCACAGUCCGGGUAACGAUGGGACUCUGAUGCCACUGCGUCUGGCCCGCGAUUCCAUGUCACACGAGCACAGGCGCAGGAAGAGUGUCGCAAUCGAUCCCUCGGAACACCGCGUUGGCAACGACAACACCGUCGAUCGCUGGUCUCACUCUACCAGCUCGAGCGUCGCCAGCAGCACGCGCAGGAACCGCUCCAGCAGUGGUGCCGUGCUGUCCUCUAUCGUCGGCCAGUCCUUCUCCCCUCGUCACAAGCCCCUUACUGCACUCGACCGAUCGCCAAGAGCGAGCCCACCGAGGAGACAUGUGAGGAACCACUCGCAGUCUUAUACCGGCAGCCCGACACGGCACAGUCGUCGUUCCUCGAAGGCCGGCAACCUUGCGCCCUCACUUACGGCCUUGCCUCCACUCCACACGACUCCCGCCCUUACCGAUCCCAAUGACACCGAAUCGCCCUCGACCACUCAGACCAUUCCGACUCCCUCGAUCCAUUCUUCCUACGUCCCAAACGAAUACUUUCAGGGCGCCGAUGUCUACAACCCCUACGGCAUGGCGAAGACGCAGCGCAUAACGAUGGCUAGGAACCAAUUCGCGCCAAUGUCUGUACCCAAUGCUUCCAGAGCAGUUGGCUCUGAGAGCCAAGAGGCGAUGAAACAUGCACAUCCUUCCACCUCACGAAAUGACCAUGACCGGAAAGCAAAAACAGCGGGUGAGAGCAGUAUAAGACCCCGAACUCGAGAACGAACAGAAAAGGACAAAAAGACGAUGUUAUCAAAGGCGCUACAGAAGGCCAACACUGCGGUGCUCUUGGAUAAUGCACAGAAUUAUGAAGGUGCAUUGGAGGCCUACAACGAUGCGUGUGAUCUGCUGACGCAGGUCAUGGAGCGCACGUCCGGAGAAGACGAUAAGCACAAACUUGACGCCAUUCGCGUGACAUACAGCAACCGAAUGGGUGAGCUCCGCCAGCUCGUACAAGAGAUGCCGGCCACAUCCGAUGAGAAGAACCUCCCGGCUCGUCCGAUGAGUGCGGACAGCGUAUCCUUGAAGAGUCCCCGUGCAGGUUCCAUCAGUCCCAUCGAUGGCGCGGUAGAGUCUUCGCGGCCGGAGACACAGUACGUCCGCAGCAGCGAAAAUGUACCCCGAUUAUCGUAUACGCGCAACGACCGCGACAGCUUCUUUGAGCGGACGAUGAGAGCCGUUGAGACCAGUUUCGAAUCCGAUACCCAGACCGACACGACAGAAUCGACACUAGCACGCCCCGAAGAUGAGCUUCCAGAGGAGCGACACACCAGAAGGCCAUCUGUGCAUCUAUCGCCUCCUGAACACACUGAAUACAUGCCCAGGCCUCUUUCGCCCAGGAGACCUCCAUCUCCUCAAAUGCAAGCGCAGGCGGAGGAAGCUUGGCAGCAGCAACCCGAGCCUGCGCAGGAUGAUGAGAGGGAACCGGUCAGAGAUCGAGCAGACAGUAAGGAUUCCACGUCUUGGUUGGACACCAUCGACGAAUCAGGAACUUCUUGCUCCGAUUCGGUCCAUUCCCUUGACGAACAAGGCAUGCACCGCAAGCACAUUAGAGGCACAAGCGGCGGGACAGAUCCGGACUUUGAUGCGGCAUUCGAUGCUGCAGUGGAGGCAGCCUACGACGAAGGCCUCGAGCCUGACCUGGAAGCCCGGAGAAAGCGACUUACGGCACUGAGGCGUGCGCAGAAUGAUUCUGUCCAAGUGCCAGCAUCGGAGAUCAACGAAAUUUUGCCGGGGAGCUUCGAGUCAAGGAGUGCCCUCAGUUUGGAUCCAGACGACGAGGAAGAGGAACGCAUACUCGACGAGCUUACCAACGACUACGGCUCGGGCUUCAAUUUUGAGCUUCAGUCCAAGUCUGCGCUUCCGCGACAAUCAGAUUCCAGUGGCUAUUCUAGGAGCACAUGGCAAAGCUCACAGCUCUCAGAUCGCGCUACAAAUGCGACGUCGUUGUCCACGGUAGCAGAAGAUACUCCGGGAGGCCGCUCAUCGAAACCUACUGGACCGAUGGCCACACGGGCACGGGGCGAAAGCGCAGCACUUCCUCCUCCUUCCGCACCUCCAACCGGGGCCCUUCCGCCUCCUCCAGGCGCUGGUACCAACCGACUCUCCGGUGUCCGCAGCCGGCGAUUGUCUGGCAUGAACCAGAAGCAACUGAAGAUCGAGACUUCGCCGCAAGCUCCACAAGCGAGGAAACGGGCAUCCACCUUCCACCACAGUACCAGUCCCUUUGCAGAAGAUGAGGAGGAGACACACGCACUCGGGAAGGACAGGUACGGUGAACGAUUAGAGCCUACACCUUCGGACACGCACCAUGACAAUAUCCUCAAGUCGCCUCCGUCCUUGGAAUUUCAUUCGGCUUUUGACGGGAUAUCCAAACCUCCCGAUGAGCCUACCAUCGAUUAUAGGCCUAGCUACGAGGAAGUUCCAUCGGAUCUAUCAGCACCUAGGCCCACCCUUUUCAGGAAGAACAAGUCCUCAAUCAGCCUGCGAGAGCAUGCAGGGCACACGCUGUUACAGGCAUCCCCGGACCUGGAGCCCCCAAUGGCCACCCCUAUGAGUUCGACGUUUAUGAGCUUCGCGGCCGCGAAACGCAAUCAGAACCCAUUGACGUCUCAGCGUGCCAACUUUCCGGCGUUUGGCCCAUCAUUGGUUGACGGGCAGCAACCCGGCGGUGGAGUAUACCUUUUCGACACCUCGCUGUCAGUUGCUCAGACUCCGGUGUCUCCGCGAUCUCCGCGAUCUCCGAACCUGACGCCCAUGCCUUUGGGCCUGGAACCCUGUCCAGAACCGUUUUUGCUUCGUCCAUUCUGGCUCAUGCGCGCGCUUUCGCAGACGAUCAUUCAUCCACGGGGAGGCUUUCUGACAACCAAGGUCUUCAUUCCACGAAAGGUAUGGCAGACGCGAGGGGUCAAGUUGAAGCUGCUCGAAGACAAGAUUGCGAACUGCGAUCUUCUCACUGCAGCUCUUGGUCGCCUUGCCGGUGUCGAUACCUACGAUGCCGACGCGGUCAUGGACGAACUGCAGAGCUUCGAAGAGGUGAUGGAGCGUGUCCAGACUGUGCUUGCUAAGAAGCUCGGCAGUGACGUUGGCGUUCACGGUGUAACCGGCAUGUUCAAGGAUGCAACGGCAUCGGGCGCCAACAGUGCUACUGGCAGCGGUGCUGAGAACGCGCCUGCAGACAAGUCGGCGAAGAGCAAUUCGGGCAAAAGCUACCUCACCUCCUGGCGCAAGCUGCGUAACAAGAGUUCGGGCGCUCCUCUAUCGGGCAGCUCCCAGCCAGCAUCGGCCAAACCGACGGCGGAAAGGGAACAGCACAGCAUGCCAUCGGUCCCAAUGACGAGCUAUGUGCCCGUCGAACGUCGAGGCAGCAAGAAAGAAGCGCGCAACACGGCGUUUGAAGGGCCUUAUCAGGAAUACAUGGGAUCUCUUGCUCGAUUGUUUGACGGGAUACAAGUACUCGGUAAGUCCCACCUCACACAAUACCCGGUCUUACAUCAUCUCAUUAUGUGAUGCUACCCGUGCACACAUACCCUUGUCACCUCGCUUGGCUGCUUGCAGCUUCGCUACUGCUCUCUGCACGAAAGAGACAGCAACAAGAAAAUAAACACACAACUGCCAAAAGGCGCAAUCGAACAGCAUAGCACAGCAGGAAAACAGUUGCUCUGCAUUUUCCUUCUUCAUCUUCUCCUUCUCCUUCGCUAACGCAUGGCACGCAGAUCAAAUAGCUCGGCAAGUCGAAGAUCCCGGACUGAAGCAUUCGUCGCCCACGCACGUGGGUCUGGAACUGAGCAUUCGGCACGCAGCCGAGUUUUUUGGCUUCUACGUCUGUCGGUUUGUGCUGGCGGAUUUGGGACUGUUGAUGGAUAAGUUUCUGAAGCGAGGCACCGAGUGGGUGCUCGCUUGA